UGCUGUUGCGAUGGGAGGUUCCCACGGUUGCUUAACAACACAUCUAGUCAGACCGCAGGUGCACGUUGUCGUCUCUCACCGACCAGACGUGCAUAAGCCCAGGCAUCUGAAUAAUGCCCGUCCUGAAUACUAGUACCUGAUGUCCCUCGAGAAGCCGGAAAUUAUGAGGGCCCAUGUGUGCCUGGGUACUGCCCGAAUAAUACAUGCAUAAAUCAGGGCCUCGCGUGCUGCGGUAAGGCAGGGGUUUGCAUGCGGAAGUGAAGGAUCUUUAGGGUUGACAGGCUUCUCCAAACAGCGGCGAUUUUAAACCCAUAUUCGGUGACGUUUUACAGCGGCCUGUGUUUGUUGGCGUGUGUGUUGUGACUUCUAGGUUGUGUUGUAACGUCACGUGCGUCGCGGCGUUCACGUCACGUACCGCCUCCCAGGGGACGUCAGGCCGGCGAGCGGGCAGCUUCCACACCGCACAACACGGCAAGGCAUGAUGGCGGACUUCAGCUUCACGGAACACUUUGACGAGUCGAAAACGGGCCGACACUCGCGCAGCUCCGGGCGCAGCGGCCUCCCCAGCCCCUCACACAGCGCACACGCCUCCUUCUACCGCACUCGAACUCUCAAGAAGCUCGCGGAGGAGAAGAGGGCGAAGAAGGUGCGGUUCUACCGGAAUGGUGAUCGCUUCUUCAAGGGGAUCGUGUACGCGGUGUCGCCCGAGCGCUUCCGGAGUUUUGAGGCGCUCCUGGCCGACCUUACCCGCACCCUGACCGACAACGUCAAUCUUCCGCAAGGCGUCAGGAUGAUCUUCACCAUAGACGGGUCCAGAAAAGUCUCCUCUAUAGACGACAUAGAGGAGGGGGAGAGCUAUGUCUGCGCCUCCACUGAGGUCUUCAAGAGGCUGGACUACACAAAAAACGUCAACCCCAGUUGGAUUUCUAACUUGAAGAAAAAAGAUGAAUUUCACACAGGAACGAGCCCGAGUGAUAGACAACAGCAGGAGGAGAACAGAGACUACAUUCGGCCCAAACUCAUCACUGUUAUACGCCACGGAACCAAACCCAGAAAGGCCGUCCGCAUUCUACUCAACAAGAAGACAGCGCAUUCCUUUAACCAGGUCCUUAAUGAUAUCACCAUGGCCAUUAAACUUGACACUGGGAUCGUUCGGAAAAUCUUCACUAUCGGAGGAAAACAGGUGACAUGUUUACAAGACUUCUUUGAGGAUGACGACAUCUUUGUUGCAUAUGGACCUGAGAAAUACUCCUCUGAUGACUUUGAUUUGGAGGGUGAUGAACUGAAGGUGGUGAGUCCAUACAAGUCUGUGGACAGAGGCAAGAGAGUUGGACUGAAAAGUCCAUCACUGAGGAGAAGAACUCCAGGUACCCCUGACUCCAAUGGGAUGCCACCAUCUCCUUCCUCCGCCCGACGAGGGUCUCGCCCUAAGAGCCCAGGACCGUCUUCUCCACACACCCCUCGGAAGUUCAGUGUGCCAAGACCCAAGUCUCCGGGGACUGCCAGAAAGUCUCCCAUCAGUCCAAGGCCAGGAGACAGCAAUGGUGAACGUGACAGUGAAAACAGCUUGCCAGAAAAGAACAUUCCUGUUCGUCUGGGGCAGAAGUAUGUGAUUGGGAAGGUGAUAGGAGAUGGCAAUUUUGCAGUGGUGAGAGAAUGUGUGCACAGGUCAUCACAACAUGAGUACGCACUUAAGAUGAUCAACAAGGAGAAGUGCAGAGGGAAAGAACAGAUGAUUGCCAAUGAAGUGGCCAUUUUACGUGUUGUAAAGCACCCUAACAUCAUCCUGCUGCUGGAGGAAUAUAACACGCCUACAGAUCUGUAUCUGAUCAUGGAACUCGUCAAGGGAGGAGAUUUGUUUGAUGCCAUAGCCACAGCCACUAAGUACACAGAGAGAGAUGCCAGUGGGAUGGUCUACAACUUGGCCAGUGCCAUGAAGUAUCUGCACUCCCUAAGCAUUGUACACAGGGACAUCAAACCAGAAAACCUACUGGUAUGUGAGCAUGAGGAUGGGAGCAAGUCUUUGAAGCUUGGGGACUUUGGCCUGGCCACUGUUGUAAAAGAGCCAUUGUUCACUGUUUGCGGUACCCCAACAUAUGUGUCACCAGAGAUCAUCGCAGAAAUCGGGUACGGUUUGAAGGUGGAUGUUUGGGCAGCAGGAGUCAUCACCUACAUCCUGCUGUGUGGAUUCCCGCCGUUCAGAAGUGACACCAACGAUCAAGAAGAGCUGUUUGACCAGAUCCUGUCUGGAGAUGUCAGCUUCCCCUCGCCCUUUUGGGACGGUAUCUCUGAGUCAGCCAAGGAGCUGAUAUCCAGCAUGCUGCAGGUGGAGGCAGGGGAACGCUGUUCUGCAGCAGAAGUCUUGGAACACCCCUGGGUGGCCGAUGAUACAGCGUUAGACACAGACAUGCAGCUGACAGUUUCCCGUAAACUCAGCAAACAUUUCAUGAUGAAACCCAAGUCCAACCUGAAGUCUGCAGGGAUCAGUUUGUUGGCUGUACUCCACUGCUCUUGACAAACAGUCCAAGUACUUUCAGGGUCGCCGCGGACAGUAUGUGGAGUCCCCCGGCUCCUCCACCAGUGGUGAGAUGAUGUUCUGAUGCACCACCUGCCAUGACAGAUGUUCAGCCAUAGGUGGUGACAAUGUCCUUGGUCCAGUUCUUGCUCAGGUUAUCUAUGAUAUGGGCAGUCCAGUAGCCUAGCAGCUGGAAAUUGUAUGAAAUGUUUAUGUACGCACAUGUACAAUGUAUUCCCUGUUUUUGCAAACAUGGGAAUGUCUGUUUUUUGGACUGAAAGUUUGCAUGAUGAUGUGUUAAUUGCAAAGUUGGACAUGUUUUUACAAGUAGACAGAGAAGAAGUACUAGCUAUUUUGGCAUGUCGAUCAGUGUCAUACUUUCUGCAAUUUCCAGAUUCCAGCUACGGAUCUGGCGAUAUAAACCUAACACAAAAACUUUUCAAAAUUUUAUGUCAGUCAUCUUUCCAUUGUUACUUUUUCAAUGGCAUCAUAUUAUUAUUUUUUGUUCGCUACCCUUUAGUAUGUAGUUUUUAAUUGUAUAUACCCUUUGUCUUAAGAUUGUGAACACACUAAAAUUUGGCCUUUUUUACUCAAAUAAAGUUUUCAAACUUUUUGUGUCAGGUUUAUUACAAUGUAGUGCCUGCACUUCGACCAUUGAUGCUGAUGUUGAUGUUUGACAUGUUACUGUUUUAUGCAAUUUAUGGAAUUUUCCAUGUUACUAUUACUGGUAGCUAAUCCAUCAAUGAUCACAUUGUAUUGAUAAAGAACACAAUCAGUUUCUGUUGCAUUUUCUGUAACUAUACUCAAUAGAAAUAAUUGGGGGGGGGGCAAUUUCUGUUAUAUGUGGUUACGUGUUAACAUAUAUCAUAUAAUAGGUUCAGUACUUUGAUCAAUCAUAAACCCUUCAUUUUACACACCAGCAAAUACUUUUAUGUAAUUAUUCAUAGACUUUUGAGCACAAGUAAAUAUACAGCAGAAACUGAUGUGGCAUGAAGUAGUACGUAAUACAUAUAAUAGUGUCUGUGGGGUGAGGGGUUCUAUUCUCUGGGACAAAAUCUGUGGCAUAUAAGUUACUAGAAUUUGUGGAAAUUGAAUUAUAACUCAUUUGGAUUGUGUUAUCCAUGAUUGGGUAAAUAUUUUUGAUAUAUAAUAAUAUAGUGCAAAUCUUGUUGCAUUUUUGUCAUGUACAUAUUUUGUGAAAAUCUAAUUUAUACUUCAUUUAUGUAAGCACUCUAAUUGACAAAUAUGAGUUUUUUUGUAUGUUUAUGACACUUUUAUGGGUGAGACAAUAUUAAUUCUAUUAAUACGAAGUUUUUAAAGAUUGUAUCACGAUGUGGAGGUAAAUUAUAGAAGGGACGUCUUGUUUUUUUUACACUAGCAUUAUAUGAAAGUGAGCUGGCUUUAAAUUUGACAAUGGCAAUGUUACUUUCCAUGUCAAGGAGAGUUGUAUGACUGGAGAUAUUGUAAGCAGAGAGAAACAGAAAGUAAAGUCAAUUUAAGGAUCAGGAAGGCCAGCCACAAUUCAUUCAUCAAUUCUGAUAGGACUGUGUGUGAUAAAAUGCAGCAGCAGCAGUGCACCAAUGGCAAAUAACGAGGUUUAGUAGCACAUGUAACUAUGGCUGUAAUUCACUGAAGGCAUUUCUGUUUUCCACUGAUCUCAUGUACAUGAAGUGUAAACCAGGGUCAGUAUAUGAACCCAUCCUGUCAAUGUUUAGACUUUAGAGAAUCGUGAUGUACAAGGUAAAUAUAAAACCUUCAAAGUUGAUGAAUCAACAUAAACCGGAAAUUGUCCUUGCUGGAUAAAUACUGUGGCAGUACAGAAAACAGUGGCUGUACAGUCUGUCAACACAGACAAUUGAAUGCAUUUUUUUUUCAUUUUCUUCCCAUGACGUAG